AUGGCCGCCGCCGCUGCUCCCCCCAAGCGCACGCCCGUCGCCGAGUGCGACAAGAUCCUCUGCAAGCCCGGCACCCCCUUCGAGCUCGAGACUGUCGAGAUUGCCGGUCGCCCCACCACUGUGUGGAAGAAUGCUCCCAAGAGCUUCCGCAGCUACCUCCUCGAGAAGAUGGACCAGUACGCCGACCGACCGUUCCUCAACGCGCCCGUCCCGGAGCCUGGAAACCCCGAGGACCGCGAGAUCUUCACCUUCGGCGAGGUGAAGAAGUACGCCGUAGAGCUUGCCGCUUGGCUCGUCCAGCGCGGCACGCGGCAAGGCGACAACGUCGGUGUUGUUGGCUUCAACUCUGCUUACUGGGUCAUUGCCUGGACGGCGGUGCACAUCAUCGGCGCUGUCCCUGUCAUGGUGAACGCCGCGACGCAGCCUGAUUCGCAGGUGCACUGUCUCAAGAUUGCGCGCCCUGCCAUUGUGCUCUGUGAUGCGGCGACCGCCGCCGCCCUGGCGCCCCACCAGGUCACGCUCGCCGAUGCGGGCAUUCAGCAGAUCUACUCUUGGCAGAGGACGGAGCACCUCGGCAAGAUUCUCGGCAUCCCCUUCGUCGACUUCAAGCAGCUCGACGUUCCGCCGCAGCUCACGCAGCCCAUCCUCGAGGGCCGCGGCUUCGGCCUCGAGGACCAGACCCCCGAGUCGGACGGCAACAUCUUCUUCACCUCCGGCACGACGGGAUACCCCAAGGCUGUCCUCUCCUCUCAGCGCGCGGCCCUGCACAACGUUAUCUCAUCAGUGUACGGCUUCUUCCGCACCGGCAUGCGACAGGGCGCGACUGUCGAGCAGAUGCAGGAGAUGGUGCUGAACGCUCCGCCAGUGCAGAACGUGGGCCUCAUGGGUGUCCCCUUCUUCCACGUGACGGGCAACCUUUCCAUCCUGCUCAAGUUCUUCACAGACGGCAACCAGCUCGUCCUCAUGCGCCGCUGGAACGUCGACGAGGCCGUCCGCCUCAUGGUCAAGUACAAGGUCAACGUCAUUGGCGGAGUGCCCGCCAUCGUGCUCGCGGUCAUGCAGAGCCCCAAGCUGCCGAAGGACUUCCCGAUCACCGGUGUCAGCUACGGCGGUGCACCUAGCCCGGAGCGUCUCGCGGGCGACAUCAAGAAGCGCUGGCCCGAGAUCGGCCUUGCCUCCGCUUGGGGCAUGACCGAGACGAACGCGCCGCACACAGCCAUCGCGGGCGAGGACUUCGUCGAGCGUCCCAAGUCGUGCGGAUACCCCCUACCGGUUGCUGAGGUCCGCAUCGUUGACCCCGACACCCGCGCCGUCCUCAAGCCAUACGAGCGCGGCAUGAUCCAGGCCCGCGGCAUGACCAUGAUGAAGGGAUACCUGAACGACGCAGCGGCCAACGCCAAGUCCUUCGACAAGGAUGGGUGGUUCGAGACCGGCGACGCGGGAUACCUCGACAACGACGGAUUCCUCUUCAUCAGCGACCGCUUCAAGGACAUUGUCAUCCGCGGUGGAGAGAACAUUAGCUCCGAGGAGGUUGAGAACGCCAUCUACCAGGACGACAGGAUCGCCGAGGCUGCCUGUGUCGCCGUGCCGGAUGACCUGCUCGGCGAGCUCGUCGCGCUUGCCGUCUCGCUCCGUCCCGGUGCCAAGGCGACGCCAGAGGAGAUCAUGAAGAUGGCGGCUGGACGACUCCGCUCCCACGCCCGCCCUGCCUUUGUCUGGGUCAGCGAAGAGCUGCUCCCGAGAAACGCCAACGGAAAGCUCAUCAAGACCGAGAUCAAGAAGACCGUCAGGGAAUUGUACGCAAAGCGUCCCCAGCAGGGCGCUAGGCUGUAA